AGUCUUCAUGUAUACUUAAGCAGACCACAGCUAUAUUUAAUGAUGGGCAUUGAAGCCAUUUUGUACAUUAAAAAAAAAAGCAAGAUGAGAUCAUAAUAAGCAUAGAUUAUUAUUAUUAUUAUUCUUUUUUGGGAUGAUCUAAUUUUAGAGAAUGCUUCACUGUUUAACAAGAUAGAGACAGGAACCAGAAUGGAAGUUUAAAGAAGGAAACAAACAUGUGCACACACCUGUUCGCAGGACAAAUAUAACAACUCUGUUGCAAAGGAGGCUCGACCCACGAGUAAUAAAAGAUCAAAUUCCUAAAUUAAGCUGCGGUUGAGUCAGAAAGAUGAAAUAUGAGAUAUGGAUUUGAACAAAGGGGAAAGCAAACCUCUUAGUUUGUUGGCCCACUGACUGUGUGCAUCUUUCUCCCCUCUACCCCGAGCAGGCCCUCGUCGUUUCUUUUUUCGUUUUUUUUUUCUUUCUGGACAAUGAUAUGGGGGACCCAGAUGUUAAAUUCCACUAACCAAUGGUAAAGAGAGAGGGGCUGGAUUGGUGUGCACUCCUGAUGCCCCUUCUUUUAAAAAGCUCCUGUCUCCAACCCACACGAGGAGGAGACACGGCGAGACUCUGCAGGACCGGCAGCAUCACCCACACCUGAGGAUCCGAAGCCCACUUCCCCUGACCAAGUGCAGCAGAACCAGUUGUUUGCUUCUUCUUCAUCUCGUAUCCAUGACGACUCCGUGAUCACACCAUCAGCACAAUGUUGGAAUUAACUAAGCUGCCACUACUGCUCUCUUUUCUGGCCUCAGUGGCUCUAGGUCAAGGAUUAUUAAGGACCAGGAACCCAUCAGACAGGAGCAAAAGAGUGGUUUUCAAUACGUUCACGGACUCACAAACAACAGGUGUGACUGAGUGGACGUCUUGGUUCAACAUCGACCAUCCUGGUGGGAAUGGAGACUACGAGCGCCUAGAAGCAAUUCGUUUCUACUACAGGGAGCGGGUUUGCGCUCGGCCCACGGCCAUGGAGGCCCGCACCACAGACUGGGUGGCAGCUGCAGACACCGGUGAAGUGGUCCACUCCAGUUUGGAGAAGGGCUUCUGGUGCAUCAACAAAGAACAGCCGUACGGUCGAGUCUGUUCCAACUACCAUGUUCGCUUUCAGUGUCCUCCAGUGCAGAGCUACUGGACCGACUGGAGUGAGUGGGGUCCCUGCUCCACCACGGUUUGCAAUGAUGUGGGAAUCCAAGUUCGGCAGAGGAAAUGUGUGAGCGCUCAGCCUAUGCCGCUUUUGUUCGUACCAGCAUGUAUAGGACACCAUGCGGAGAGGAGGGAGUGCUCCACUCCACCGUGCGCAGCCAAGUGGAGUCCUUGGGGCUCCUGGGGGAGUUGUUCAGUGACUUGCGGUGGAGGUCGCAGGACAAGGAGACGAACUUGUGUGAGAACCUCAGAGACGGUGCAAUGUCCAGGACGACCUGCUGAGGUCCAGAAAUGUGGAAGAAGUCGAUGUCCUGCCACGUGCAAGCUGACGUGCUCCGAAGGCCAUCCCAGUGAGGACUGCAGCAUUUGUGUGUGUGAAGGCCACAUGCUGUUCGGAGACAUCCAGACCGUGACCGGAGUCCCUGUGGCGGGGGCCAGCGUGGCUCUGACCAGCCACCCCAAAGUGAUCCGGACUCUUACAGACGUGAAAGGGCAGUUCACUCUAUCGGGAGUCUGCUCCUCCGGCUCCACCUCCAUUGCCAUCAACAAGGAGAAGUUUGUGCCAGCGGUCGUCUCUGCUUCCAGUAACGCCACAGGGAUUUCCUGGCUGCGGGCCGUCCUCACGUCAGCUGAAAAGCCGUACAUCGUGAAGCACCCAGAAGACAAAGUGCGUUACGAGGGAGGAAGGGCGCUGUUGUGCUGCUCGGCUACAGGAUCACCAGCUCCUGACAAAUACUACUGGUACCACAAUGGGACACUGCUGGAUAAGAACAUGUAUAAGUAUGGAAACGACCUUGUGCUACGAGACCUAAAGCUGGAGCAGUCCGGGGAGUACUACUGCAAAACCAGCAACGCUGCAGGCAGCAUCAAGUCGUCCCCGGCUCACCUUACUGUGAUUGCUAACGGAUCGCCGGCAUGCAAUGCCACUCCCGAAACGCACCUCAUCAGAUUGCCAAUGGACUGCGUUCAACCUGGCACUCACUCCAAGUACUACAAUGCCGGUCGAUGCCCUCACAACAAAUGCCCGGGAUCCCUCGACUUUGACAUGCGGUGCAGAGACAGAGCUGGAUUCUGCUGCGGUGUCCAGGAAAUGGAGAGUCGAAACAUUGACUGUGGUACCUACAAACUCCCCAUACGAGCGGUGAAACAGUGCAGUUGUCAGAAGUGUGUGCAGCCCACCGUGCUGGUUCGUGGCCGAGUUGUGGCAGCCGACAAUGACGAGCCUCUGCGAUUUGGGCAUAUUUAUAUUGGUAAAGAUAGAGUAGGCACCACCGGAUACCAGGGAGGGUUUACAUUGCAAAUUACUCCAGACACACAAAGAUUGGUGGUGAAUUUUGUUGAUCCUACUCAAACGUACAUUGACACUCCGAAGGUGUUCAUUUUUGACAAGAAAAGUGGCUCCAUCUAUCAUAAUGUGAAAGUGAUGAGAAAGCAGACACCGGUUGAUAUAAAUCCAGGAGAGACCAAUUUUAUAGACCUUGGGGAAAUUAAAGGGGAAGAUCCGAUAGGGCAACUGGUCAUUCCACCCCACUCCUUCCAUAAAGACAACGGAGAAAUCUAUGAGGGGACAGUGAAAGCCAGCGUCACAUUUAUUGAUCCAAGAAACAUUACGACAGCAGCAGCAGCCCCUGGUGACCUCAACUUUGUGGAUGAAGAAGGUGACAUGCUGCCAUUGAGGACCUACGGCAUGUUCUCAGUUGACUUUAGAGAUGAGACCAGCAAGGAGGUUCUUGGAACAGGGGCAGUCCAAGUUCUCCUUGACACGCAGCAUGUUAAAAUGCAAGAGCACAUUCCCACAAUGAAGCUGUGGUCUUUAAACCCAGAUACUGGUGUCUGGGAGGAGGAGAGUGAUUUCUCCUACAGCGCGACAACUGCUGGCGGUCAUGGACGAAGCAAGCGUGAGGAGCGCACCUUUCUAAUAGGCAACAUGGAGAUUAGAGAACGCAGGCUCUUCAAUUUAGAUGUGCCCGAAAACAGGCGCUGUUAUGUUAAAGUGCGUGCCUACAUGAGUGAAAAGUUCCUCCCGACUGAACAGUUGGAGGGAGUUGUUAUCAGUUUGAUAAACUUGGAGCCCAAACCUGGUUAUUCAUCUAAUCCCAGGGCAUGGGGUCGGUUUGACAGCGUCCUAACCGGACCCAACGGGGCUUGUUUGCCUGCUUUUUGUGAUGCCAUGAGACCGGAUGCUUACACUGCUUAUGUCACAGCCAUACUGGGUGGAGAGGAGCUGGAAGCAGCUCCGUCUUCCCCUAAGAUGAAUCCAAACAUUAUUGGAGUUUCCCAACCUUAUCUAGAUAAGUUAGACUACCAGCGCUCUGAUCAUGAGGAUCCAGCUCUAAAGAAAACUGCAUUCAGAAUCAAUUUGGCAAAGCCUAACCAGAACAAUUUUGACGAGACGAACGGACCAAUAUAUCCUUAUCAGAAUUUAUUAGCUUGUGAAAAUGCUCCUGUGGACGCAAACCAUUUCAGAUUUUUCAGAGUGGAAAAGGACAAGUAUGAGUACAAUGUUGUUCCUUUUGAGGAGAACGACUUGACAACCUGGACGGGAGACUACCUCUCUUGGUGGCCUAACCCCCAGGAGUUUAGAGCAUGCUUCAUCAAAGUCAAGAUUCACGGCCAGAAGGAAGUGAUGGUCCGGUCAAGGAACCUGGGAGGAACACAUGCAGAGACGAGGGGCAAACUUUAUGGCAUUAGAGACAUUCGCAGUACCCGUGACAUGCGAGAGGCCAACACCUCAGCUGCAUGUGUUGAGUUCAAGUGUAGUGGCAUGUUGUUUGAUCAAGCGGAGGUGGACAGAUCACUCAUAUCGGUGAUUCCACAAGGUAGCUGUCGAAGAAUUAGUACCAAUGGCCUCCUACAGGAGUAUCUGAUUAAACAUCCACCAGUUGCUCAAAACAACGAAUCACACGCAUUCACCAUGUUGGCCCCCGUUGAUCCAUUGGGACACAACUAUGGCAUCUACACAGUCACAGACCAGAAUCCCAGAGUUGCCAAAGAGAUCGCCAUUGGGCGUUGCUUUGAUGGCACCUCCGAUGGUUUCUCAAGAGAGAUGAAGUCAGACUUUGGUGUGGCGCUGACCUUUAGCUGUCCAGAGAAAAAAAUUAACAGAGAAAGCCUCUUCCAGCGUCUGCAGACCAAUCCGGGUCAAACAUUGUCUCAGAUGGCAAGGGACAUGAGGGAAGUGGAGGGUCUGCAGGUGCAGAGAUCAUCAACCCAGGUCGUGGCUUUUCCUUCAGAGCAGCGGGGAAGGACCCAAAAUCGGCGAGCUAGUUCUGCAACCAGAAGGAGAGCAUCCAUGCAAGCACAACAGCGCCAAUAGAUGUGUCAUGAAGUAGGUUAUCUAUGUUUACCGUGAUGGUAAUGUUGAAAUGGUCAAUGCCUUAUUUUUUUUUAAUUCCUUGGACACUAGUGAAGACUAAUUUGAAGGCCCUACAUCUAGACCAGGG